AUGGUUUUUCGUAACCAUGAUAGAAGGAUCAGCCCUGCUGGUCGCCGCUGCCGCAGCGUUCUGGGUUCGAUUCCCGGCUUCCCGGCGGCGGAGAUCGCACCGACCGCCGAUGUUUACAUCCCGCGCCUGCUACCACUCAACAUUCUGACAGGUGACUUGGGUCAUGUGACGUGCGUUUCUUCACCGCUGGUGGAGGAAGGUGACUGUCGCUAUCUCCCCAAGGAAGUGUUACAAGAGGACUUCACACAUCUCACAAAAGCUGACAUCUUCGCGUUCGGCCACUCCAUGUAUACCUGCCGGCAAUCUACAAGGUGUCAUCUUUGUCGAAGAAGACAUCAUACGCUUCUUCACCCUAAAAGUACCCCGAAAACUGAUGAUAGUAAUCCAGGUCAGUCCAUUAGUAGCGAUGUUGUUGCGUCAGAAGCAGCUUCAUCUUCAGCGGGUGAGUCCACACGAGCUAUGACGUGUUUCGCCAAGGCUAGUACACACGUACUCUUGGCCACGGCCUUGAUUGAUGUAGAGGCGAGAACUGGAUCUUUGAUUUGUUUAAGAUCCCUGUUAGACCAGGGGUCUCAGGCUUCGUUCAUUACGGAGUCCGCGGUCCAGUUAUUGGGAUUAAAAAGACAUCCCAUCAAAACUGUAAUCUCAGGUCUGGGCGGUGACCCCCAAGCGUCAUUGGCCUGUAAGUUCAUGGUUACCAUGAAAAUUCAGUCCCGUCACGACCCCAGUUUUGUCAUCUCUGUCAAGGCGUAUGUUAUGAACAAAGUGACGUCUCUCUUGCCUGAUAGGAAGAUUGUCGUCCCGAUGUUGCCUUCAUUAUCUUGUGAGGUUUUAGCUGACCCUUCGUUUGGCACACCCAACAAAAUCGAUGUUCUGUUAGGUGCCGAAGUCUACAGCCAAAUUCUGUUGCAAGGGUUGAUUAGGGGUCCGCCGGGCUACCCUCUUGCACAGAAUACUAGAUUUGGUUGGAUCCUUUCUGGUGAAGUUGAAGAAAGAGGCAGCCAAUCGGAAACAUGUCACAACGUUAUUGUUAGCUUGCACUCAGCUCAUUCAAAUGAGAGUGAGCUCUUACGGAAGUUCUGGGAGUUGGAGUCCGACCAUUAUGAUGUUGAGAAAACAUAUCUGACGGAAGAAGAGCAGUUGUGUGAAAGAUUGUUCACGGAAACGACGCGUAGAGACGAAUCUGGUCGUUACGUGGUUAGGUUGCCCUUUCGCACACCGGAUCCAAAAUGCAAAUAUGGUGACUCGAAACAAAUUGCCCAGAAAAGGUUUCUUAUUUUAGAAAAGCGGUUUUUACGAGACCCUGAGAUGAAGAAAGAAUAUGUCAAGGUCAUCAAUGAAUACUUGGACCUUGGCCACAUGGAGAAGGUCGAUGAUAAAGACACGACUGAUGCGGUGUAUUUACCACAUCACGCAGUAGUGCGAAAUGACAAGCUUACCACCAAGGUGAGAGUUGUUUUCGAUGCGUCGUGUCCGGGAACAAAUGGAGCGUCGUUGAAUCAGGAUCUUUUGGUCGGUCCAGCUCUCCAACCAGAGUUGCGUCAGAUCCUGAUGAAUUGGCGUCAGUUUCCAAUAUGCCUCGUUGCAGACAUCGUUAAGAUGUACAGACAAGUCAAGGUGUCUGAGACGGAUGUUGAUUUUCAACUAAUCAUAUGGCGCGAAAAUCCAGAAGACAAGUUGCAGCAUUUAAUCUUGCAGUUGGUACUCAUCCAUUCCAUAUUAAAAGGUGGCAGAGUCACCGAUAUAUGGAUCGCUUGCGACGCUUCACUCAACUCGGCGCAGAGCCUUGUUUGUCACGUAACUUUGUUCCGCUCGGAACAAACUCAAUAUACUUAUCACUCAUGGUGA